AAUAGGAAACCUUCCCCACUGUCUUCAGAGAAGAAAAAGAAGUGCCAGAAGCAAGGUAACAGAAGAAGAACAUGAAAGGACAACUACUUGGCUAUCUCUUCUUCUUCAUGAUCAUAACUUACAAAGCUGUUUCAUACUCGGUACGUGAAAGCACUUUCACUGCAGAAGCCCGAGGAAGCGGCAUUCAGAUGGAUGCAAAGCAGCUCAAAAACGUAAAUGGAAUGGUGGUGGAAUCAGGGAGAGAAGGGAAUGAAGAAGUGUUCAAUAAGGAAGUGUUGCAAGAAACAAUUCAUAAAGGAAAGGGGGCUUAUGGAGGUGCAGAUCUCCUUCGUCAACACCAUACUCGCUCAGCCGCAACAUACCCCUUCCUAGUUAGACCAGUCUUGUCAACAAUUGGGCAUAUUAUGAUAGGAUAUGUGCUGCUUGUUGGUUUCUUUUGAUGGUUUGAGAUGAUUUUAUGAAGAUGAACGCAAACAAGAGCUUAGUGAUCGUUAUGAUUAAUGGCAAUUAGUCAUGGAUGUACUAUUAUGUAAUGAAUUAUAGUACUUCGUUUUUUUUUUUUUU